AUGCCCAGUACUACAUCACCAACCGCCAAUGGCGACGCAGCCCUUAACAGCGGGACCAUCAUCAAACCCACCAACGUCAACGGUACUACCACCAGCAGCAACAAAACCAACAACACAAUGCAACGCCCCUACCCAGCCUUCAAAGACCUUCCCCUAACCCGCCCCGGCCCACGCGGCAACGCCUGGUCCCUCUGGGGCCCCGACGACCAACUCGGCAGCCUCAACCACCUCACCCCAUCCACUGUCGCCCACGCCGCCCGCACGCAGAUAUUGACCGGCGAGCGCGUCAGCUUGAACUGGACUUUGCAAGGCGCGACCUUCCCACGGUUUCAGCACCCACGGAAGAACCUGGAGAUCAGAGCGGAGAACAAGUUCAAGGCGAGGGGAGUGCAUGCGUUCGACGAUGAGUGGGCGUUUAAUACGCAGUGUAGUAGUCAGUGGGAUGGGUGUCGGCAUUAUGCGUAUCAGGAGGAGGGGAUGUACUAUAUGGGGCGAAAAGCAGAGGAAUUCGAGGCGGGGAAGGAGGCCAAUGGGAUUCAGCAUAUGAGUAGGAAGGGGAUUGCGGGGAGGGGGCUGUUGGUUGAUUGGUGGCGGUGGAAGCAGGGGAAAGGAGAGGGUGAUGGGGUGGACGCGUACAGCUCAUACGCCAUACCCUGGGAAGAGUUGAUUGCUGCGGCGGAGAGUCAGGGGACGCCGUUGGGGGAGAUGCAGGCAGGAGAUCUGUUGAUUGUGAGGUCGGGGUAUUUGGCGCAGUAUGAGACGAUGGCGAAUGAGCGGAGAGAGGAGCUUGAUAAGCUAUAUCAGCAUACGAAGCCGGACAAUAUUGGGGUCGGGGCGUGCCCGGAGAUUCUGGAGUUUUUGUGGGAGAAGAAGAUCGCGGCAGUGGCGGGGGAUGCGAGAAGUUUUGAGAGGUGGCCGUGUCCGCCAGAGGAGAAGGAGUGGCAUUUGCAUCAGUGGUUGUUGGCGGGUUGGGGGAUGCCGAUUGGCGAAUUGUGGGAUUUGGAGGCGCUGAGUGAGGAGUGCGCAAGGCAGAAGAGAUGGACGUUCUUUUUGACGAGUGCGCCGAUGAAUGUUCCUGGCGGGGUGGCGAGUCCUCCGAAUGCGCUGGCUUUCUUCUAG